AUGGAAUCUGAUUCUACUCACUCUACUCAUUCUAGUCAUUCAACUCAUUCUCCGGAAGCCGGCAAUGAGAUUGUGGCAGCUGAAGCAUCUGAACAACCUGGAGUUGAUGAACACACUGGUGAAGCACCAUCUCCCAGUCCGACGGCGGCAACUCGUUCUUCGAAACAUAAAGGGAAGAAGAAGGUUGUGAGCAGUGUGAAGAGAAAGAGGGAGAAGAAGAUGAAGGCAGAGAGAUCAUCUGUUUGGGAGCACUUCACCAAAUUCGACAAGCCAUUAGUGGAGAUUGUUGACGGAAAGGAGACAGUAGUCAGCAAUACGAAGCGAGCUCAAUGUAAGUACUGCCCGACUCAUUUGGCUUGUGAUUCUAGGGAAAAUGGUACUAGUUUGCUUAGGAAGCAUAUAGAGCUAGUUUGCAAAGGGUACCCUGGUAGGAAUAACCUAGAAGAGAGUCAACAAAUCUUAAGUAGUGAUGUGUUCGAUCAAAAAUCUACUUUAGUUUCAAGGCAAUGGUCAGAAGAAGCAUGUCUAGAUGCUGCUUGUGUGAUGAUUAUAUUGGAUGAGUUGCCUUUCAGUGCUAUUGAAAGGCCAGGAUUUAGGCAUUUCUGUAAAGUGGCAGUACCAAGAUGGGAUGUACCUUGUAGGAAGGUGGGGGUUAAGAAAUUUUUGCGAAUGUAUGAUACAAAAAAGGAGACACUUAAGAGAUAG